AUGCAGCCCUUCAGCAUUCCCGUCCAAAUCACACUGCAGGGUGGCAGGAGGCGGCAGGGCAGGACAGCACUUCCAGCCUCAGGCAAAAGCAAUGGAGACCUACCAAAGGUGCACCCAAAGCUUCCAUCAAGUGCUGGAGAGGACCGUGCCAUGCUGCUGGGUAUUGCCAUGAUGGCCUCCUCCGUGCUGAUGCUCUUCCUGUUGGGGACCACUGUGUUGAAGCCCUUCAUGCUCAGCUCUAACAGAGAAGAGUCCAACUGCACCACCAUCCACACACACAUUGCAGAUGAUUGGCUGGAUUUUGCUUUCACCUGUGAGGGCAGCUUCCAGGAUCACAGCAGGUAUCCCUGUCUGCAGGUGUUUGUAAACCUCACUCACUCAGGCCAGAAAGUUCUUCUCCACUAUGAUGAUGAGGCGGUCAGAACCAACCCCAAGUGCUUUUACACACCCAAGUGUCACCGAGACAGGGAUGAUCUGCUCAACAGUGUCUGGGACAUCAAGGAAUUCUUCGAUCACAGAAAUGGAACUUUCACUUGCUUCUACAGUCCUGAUGGACAGCUGGGAGUUGUCCUGAGAAAGUCUGGCCCCAAGGUUGUCUUUCAUUGCUUGUUUUGGCCUUUACUGACUUUGCUGGGUGGGGCCCUGAUUGUUGGCUUGGUGAGGCUGACCCAGCACCUGUCUCUUUGGUGUGAACAAUACUGCAUGGUGAUGAGAGUCCAGGCAGGAGGCAGAGCACAGUCGGUGGGCAGCCACAAGUCUUCACUGUGCAGUGUGGCAAAGAGCCAGGGAAGGGACAGAAAGCUGAAGAGGCAAGCUCAGCUCUCCCAUCCCAGAUGCUCCCACUGA